UUCUUUGUGGUAGGCCUUCAGGAAAUGUUGGGUUGAAUUUUCCUGGUGAUCAUUUUCAGACAUUAAUGCCUUUUGCCUGUGUCUUAACUAUCCUCUUUUCUAAGCAUUUUCACCCACAUUACUAAUCCACACAAUAAUCAGUUCCUAAGUUUUAUGGGACUUAUGUCAUCCUCUAUAUUAUAAAAACUUGUGGUUGCGCCUAAACUCUUCUUCUAGAGGCUGUGUUUGAUUGCCCUGUUACCCCUUCACAGGGCUCAGCACAUGGGUGCUCAAUGUGGAUUUAAAUUAAUGUUAGAUUUUCUUUUUUUCGUGCAGUGAAACCUUUUAAGAUUUCCUUUUGAAUAUCUUAAGACAAAGGUAGAGAUGAAUAGAGAAAAGAUGGGGAGGGAGAAGAGGUGGGUGGUGUGUGGUUCAUAGGACGUCCAUAGACACAGUAACCUUUAUUUACAGACUUUCCACACAUACAGAUUGAUUUACAUAGAACUCAGAGAGUGGUUGUUAGCAAAGAAUUGAGGAAACUGAAUACUUUUUGCAUCAGUAGGUGCAGGUUUGCCAAAUAGUUGAUCAGCUCCAAGGGCUCCAUGACCUUAGAAGAGCGUGAUUUAGCAGAAAGGGCAUGGGCUUUGAAGUGCAACACCUGAGUUUGUAUCCUAGCUCUGUCACUUGCUAGCUGUGUGACCUAAAGAAAGGUAACCUUUCUGCAUGAUUUUAUUAUAUGUAAAAAUAAGAAAACUUAGGUAUUGGUCUGAGUUGUUGGGAGGAUUAUAUGAGAGAGGUGUGUGAAAGGACUUUGCAGAGGCUUGCUUUUCUUCAAAUGCUGACCAUACUAACUUCCCCCAGAAGUACAGGGACCUUAAAGCAAAGUCAAGACAGAUGGUGUGGAAAAGGUUUUUAUUUUUUUCUCCUGAGUUGCGCAUGUAUUUAUUUGUGAGGCUUUACAGAAGACUAAUAUUUAGUUGCUUUUAGCCAUACAUUUAAUGAGCCAUCUUUGGGAGAAACAAUGAAAUCAUACAGAGUCAAUACUGUCUUGAAAAAUCUGGGAGAUACUAUUACAAUGACUACCAAUUUGGCGUAAUUAGGUCUAUGCUGUAACUACAGAGAGAACCCCACCAGUCCUAUUUUUAUACCUGGUAUCCUGACAGAAAGAGACUGGUGAUUAGUUUAUGUUGACAUUGAGCAUUGGGAUUUAUGUUUGAUCGGUUUAGUUUAGAAUGACAAAUUGUGAUUUUUGAAUUCUUAUUCUUAUCAUCAUCAAAGCUGAUGGUUUUGACCUUAACAGAAUAAGCAGUGAGAAUUCAUACAAGAUUUCCUUAUGAGUUGUAUUGUUCAUUGAAUUAGUUGACAAAUGGGGGAAGAAACUUGUUGGUUAAGAAUGUGCUCCUUACCCUUGGUUAGUUUCUGCUGAUCACAAUUGCUUAAGAGGAAGUUUGUCUUUGUAGGCAAAUGAGAGACAGACCAGGAAGACCUGACAAUCCAGUAGGGUGUCUCUAACCUGGUUCUUACUGUUUUAAUGAAACUAAAAGAUGGAAGAGUUCUGUGAUGUCAGCAGGAAGCAUUUUUAGGAAAUUCCCUCUCAGGUUGAGUCAACAAUGAAGAUCUUCACAAAAUGGAAAGCUGUGAAGUAGAAACACUGAGACAUUAACAUGAAAAAUGAAAAAAAAAAAAAAGCUUUGGCUCUUUGGCUUGUGAUAGAGAGUUACCGAAGUGCAUGUUUGGGAUUUUGUUGAAGAAAGCUGGAUACAGUAAACGGAAAGAAUCUUGGAAGAUGCUUGACUGCUGUCUUUUCUCAGACUAGUCUGAAAGGGAAAACCCCCAUUCAUUCUGGAUUGGUGGAUCUGAAGUACAAAAUAUUUUCCAGAACACUUCAGUUAUGGAAGAUCAAAAUGAAGAUGAGUCCCCAAAGAAAAAUACUCUUUGGCAGAUAAGUAAUGGAACAUCAUCUGUGAUCGUCUCCAGAAAGAGGCCAUCAGAAGGAAACUAUCAAAAAGAAAAAGACUUGUGUAUUAAAUAUUUUGACCAGUGGUCUGAAUCAGAUCAAGUGGAAUUUGUGGAACAUCUUAUUUCACGAAUGUGUCAUUAUCAGCAUGGACAUAUUAACUCUUACCUGAAGCCCAUGUUGCAGCGGGACUUUAUUACCGCUUUACCAGAGCAAGGCUUAGAUCACAUAGCAGAAAACAUUCUUUCGUACCUGGAUGCCAGGUCUCUGUGUGCAGCAGAGCUGGUGUGUAAAGAAUGGCAGCGAGUGAUCUCAGAAGGAAUGCUUUGGAAGAAGCUGAUUGAACGAAUGGUACGCACUGAUCCCCUAUGGAAAGGACUUUCAGAAAGAAGAGGGUGGGAUCAGUACCUGUUUAAAAACAGACCCACAGAUGGCCCUCCAAAUUCAUUUUAUAGGUCAUUAUACCCAAAGAUUAUCCAGGAUAUAGAGACUAUAGAAUCUAACUGGCGGUGUGGACGACACAACUUGCAGAGGAUUCAGUGCCGCUCUGAAAAUAGUAAAGGUGUCUACUGUUUACAGUAUGAUGAUGAAAAAAUUAUCAGUGGCCUACGAGAUAAUUCUAUUAAGAUUUGGGAUAAAACCAGCCUGGAAUGUUUGAAAGUGUUAACGGGACACACAGGCUCUGUCCUCUGUCUGCAAUAUGAUGAGCGUGUCAUUGUAACCGGCUCUUCAGAUUCUACAGUGAGAGUGUGGGAUGUGAACACGGGUGAAGUUCUUAACACAUUGAUCCACCACAAUGAAGCCGUACUGCACUUACGCUUCAGCAAUGGACUGAUGGUGACCUGUUCCAAGGACCGUUCCAUUGCUGUGUGGGACAUGGCUUCUGCGACCGAUAUCACUUUACGCCGUGUCCUGGUUGGCCACCGGGCUGCUGUCAAUGUAGUAGACUUUGACGACAAGUACAUUGUGUCUGCCUCUGGUGACAGGACCAUCAAAGUCUGGAGCACGAGCACCUGUGAAUUUGUCCGUACUCUCAAUGGGCACAAGCGAGGCAUUGCCUGUCUCCAGUACAGGGAUCGGCUGGUUGUUAGUGGAUCAUCAGAUAAUACCAUUAGGCUCUGGGAUAUUGAAUGUGGUGCCUGUUUAAGAGUCCUAGAGGGACAUGAAGAAUUGGUCCGAUGCAUCCGAUUUGAUAACAAGAGGAUUGUCAGUGGGGCCUAUGAUGGGAAAAUUAAAGUUUGGGACCUGCAAGCUGCUCUUGACCCUCGAGCCCCAGCAAGCACAUUGUGUUUGCGCACAUUGGUGGAACAUUCUGGACGUGUGUUUCGGCUACAGUUUGAUGAGUUUCAGAUCAUCAGCAGCUCCCAUGAUGACACUAUUUUGAUUUGGGAUUUCUUAAAUGUGCCUCCCAGUGCCCAGAAUGAGACCCGUUCUCCCUCCAGAACAUACACUUACAUCUCUAGAUAACAGUCUGCACUUUCACCCGUUCAGGGUUUUCUAGUCUUGAACUACUGGCUACAUGGCUACCAAUGCCUAAGGGAGUUCGUUCACAGCUGAGUUAUGAAGCUGGAAUUGGUUCUAGAUGCUGGGUAGAUGCAAAGCAGCCUAACUCUUCAAGUACCGACAUUUCUCACCUCUGAUUCUGGCUCUCCUUUGAGAAGGAUACCUUAGCUUCCCUGACGUCAAGUAGAACAGAAGCCUGUUUCCUUCCCUCAUCAGUGAAAAUAUCUAAUGUUUCAAAUGUAAAUUGUUCAUAGAAAAGGAACAUAGAAUCUGUUUUACAGAAGUAAAUCGACCGUCAAGAGAAGACUUGGCCUCUAAUUUAUAUUGCUUUGCACUUUGGUUUGAUAUUAAGUGACAGCAUUCUUCUUCAUUGAAAUUUUGGGUGCCAAACAUCUACCCAGAAUGUCCAGGGCUUUCAUUCUGAAAAGUUAGCAUUCUCCUUUUGACCGUCCAAGUCAUUAUGAAUUCUGACUUGUUGUAUUAGGAACAUGUUGGACAAUGGAAAAAUUUCUCUGGAUUGUUUUAGUAAUAUUUUUGGGAUUAUACUUCCUUUCUGUACCAAUUUCUUUUAAUUUAAAGAACUAUAAGUCAGUUAUAUUAUCUCCCAACAGGUAAUAUAGCUCUUUUCUUUUAUUAGCUGUUCUCUGUCCCCCAACCAUCUCCUGAUAUUUGGUAGAGUAACACCUUUAUACGUGUGCUUGCCUCCUAAUUUAAAAUACUGUAUUCGCAUGUAGAUAUAAUGUACAUAACAGUUUAACCUCAAAGUUGCUGGAGUCAGGGCCCCCUGUGCUUGAGACACUAAUACAGAGUGUGUUCGCACUUAGCCAUGGGCUGGGCUCAAGAACCUGAUACCAGGGUUGAUGUGGAUUACCUAGAACCCUUCCUGCAGUAUUCAUACAGUGUUUUUAUUUUGUUGUUGUCAUUGCGUGUGUGUGGUUUGUGUGUGUUUUUAAUGAGAAUCUUGUUUUAAAAUGUAAUUUCUAAAGUUUAACACAAAAUGUUUUAUUUGUUGUGGAGUAUGUAUUAUACAAUAGAGAGGUACCUUAAACAUUUUUUGUUCUUAUUCUUUUUCUCAUAAGUACUCCUGAGUACUAGUGGUCACCUCCCAUAGUAUUCAUUUGGCUUCACUGUCAAAAAUCAUUAUUCUGUGCAGUCGUGGCCCUGGGAAGGGGAAAUAAGAAGGCCCUGUUGACGGGCUGUCUUGGCUCUGGAAUUCAUGCAUCCUGGCCUUGCCAAGGUUCUGGCAGGGCCCGCUGGUGUGUUGGAGCCUGCUGGGCAGGUCAGGUGGGUUCAGAGGCCUAUGCUGAGGGGUGGGCAUUCCUAAGUGGAGUAAAACCUCAAGCCCAUGAAUCCUACCCCAGUCAUCUCUGGUGUCACCUGCUGCUGUGGCCCCAGCAGGUUCUGAAGGCUCCGAGUACUCCCAACUACACAGCACAAAUGUGUAAAUGGCACUGUUGCCCUGACAGUGCAUGGAAAGGACGUUGGCAUCCAGUUGGCACUCCUUCUCCCUCCCUUACUCAAUAUUAGGUUUGAUUUGCCCUUUGCCAUUGUUUCCAAAGAUCAAGGAAUGUCAAUAACAUUUUAAAGGACCAAUAAACAGCCUCCUAUAAAUUAAACCUCUUCCCGUGGAAGCACACUUACUACUAAAGGGAAGGCCCCUGGGCUCUGAUUUGUCCUUUGCAUUGAGAACAGUGUGGGGAUCAAUGUGUGUGUAUGUGAUUUGUUUAUCGAGUUGGUUUUGCUUUUUUAGUAUUUCUUUAAAAAAAGAAAAUCCUUCCUAUGUUACUAAAUUAAUUUAUGUUUUUGAGAGGUUGAGUCUCAAAGUGUAAACAAUAAACCCCCUUCUUAAGGUGGAUGUUGUAAGCUUGAUGGUGGUGGUGAAAGUGAUUUAGCUUUGACCACUUUUCAUCUUACAGCUUCAAUAUCAAACUGGUUAGGAAAGCCCAGGGGGAAGGGAGGGGCAGGGGAGGAGGCAAUUCUGAAUGAAUGGAUGGAUUUUUUGUUGCUUUUGCAUGUUUAAUAUAGAAGUUCCCCUUGUUCCUUGGGAGAUCAUGGCCUUUGAAUAUGCACACAACCUUUGAAUUGUGCCUACUAAAUUAUAGCAGGGGACUUUGGCACCCAAGGAAUUCCGACUUUCUGGGAUUAUAGUAAUUCCCAGCCAUCCUCUGGACUUUAUUUUGCUAACCAUAAUUAAGCAAAUGUAAAUUACUGCUAUAUUAAUGUUUCAAAGCACUGGGAUAGUCUAAUUCUAACUUGUAAUUAAUUAUGUUUGCCAAUUAUCUGUUUGAAAUAAAUUUGUGUCUGAACAGCUAUUGAAACUGUUAAAUUGUACAGAUAUUAUCAUGACAGCUUUGUACUGUGGAAUGUGCUUAAUAAAAAACAAAAAAGUUUGACUUUUGUCCAAUAAAUUGCUAAGUAAUGUCAAUAAAUCAAGUAUGGGUAUUAUGCAGUGCACCUAAUCUGGCUUCAUGCAAUUGUUACUUCAGCUACUGAUUCAAAGCCAAUACUCUUAAUAAAGUGUUGCAAUACUCUGA